AAUGAACAUCUUCCUCAUCCUCAAAAUCCUCACCUCUUCAGCCCUCGCAGACAUCGGCACCGCCGUCUCCUACGACCUGCUAUACACGCCAACACGCUGCUACCAGAACGAUCCGGGUCAAUUCCCUUCAGGCAACCUCUUCAUCUCUGUGUCAGAGGGCCUCUGGGACAAUGGAGCAGCUUGUGGCAGACGUUGCAGGCUCAAGUGCAUUUCGGGUCAGAAUAAACCGUGCGUAGGGAGCACGAUCGAUGUCAGAGUUUUGGAUUAUUGCGAAGCUUGUCCGGCUACUAUGAAGUUGAGCAAUGAUGCUUUUGCUCAGAUUGCCUCGCCGGGUGGGGGGAUUAAUGUUGAGUAUAUGCAGAUAUAG